AGGCGCCUGGAACCAAAGAUCCUAUGCUCUGCUAUAGGAUCUUUGCCUGGAACAAAGUUUCCAGUCCGACACUCCCUGAUUUGCUCCCUCCCCUGCUAGCGUCACAUACGCGUGGACUUUUAUUUUGAUGAUCAACUUCCAAUUGCAGCACAGAACUGCUGCAACUCUCAGCACCGGGCAAGGCGCACUGAAUCAAGGGCAAAGUGGCAAACUCGGCUGAGUUUGCGUGUCAGCGCUCAGCCUCGCUGCUCAAACACUAUGCCGGGUGGAAGGUCCGGAUCCGCGCCUUCACAGUGCAGCCCGGUCCCGGUUAUCAGCGCUCACCCUAACUAAGGGCACUGGGCUCUCGGAAGCGGGGCGCCCGCCGUGGAGAUGGAUCGAUCAGACACUUGCGAUCCUUACAGGUGUCCCGCUCGCCGGACCCAGUGGAUCGUCAGCGCCUUGGCUUAUCACUACGGCCUGGACCGCGGGGUGGAAAAUGAGAUUAUUGUGUUGGCCACGGGUCUGGAUCAGUACCUGCAGGAGAUCUUCCACCAUUUGGAUUGCGAGGGAGAGGGCAGGAUCCCGAGAGAGGAUUUCCAGACCCUGUGCGGGAUCCUCGGGCUGGAUGGCAACUCGGAAGCUGAAGAGUGCGCCGAGAUCCUGGAGCAGGUCCCGCAGGAGCUGAAUUUCAGGCAGUUUCACGCCAAGCUGUGCGGGCAUUUCAGCACCAAAGCCGGCUGCCAGUACGAGACGGGGAGGCUACUGGUCGGGGAGGACAGCGAGCACAUCGAGACCCAGAUCCGGCUGAGGAGCCCCCUGCGGCGGCGCAAGAAAGCCCGAGGCACCGCUACCCUUGGAGCUCCUUCGGGCCAGUCGCGCAACAGGGCACCUUCAGCAGACAGGCAGCGAGCUGGCCCGUCUUGUGAACAGCGCCGAGCCUGCACCAAGGAGUGCUACGAGGACAUCGUAGCCCUGGAAGCGGCCGAGGACAAGAUUGCAAAGCUGGAGCAAGAGAACGAGAGCUUGAGGGAACUGGUUGAGGACAUGAGAGCCGCCUUGCAGAGCAGCGACGCCCGCUCCCUGGCGCUCCAAGUGGGACUGUGGAAAAGCCACGCCAGCCACGAGUCCCAGAGCUGCUUCCUCGCCUGGUCCAGAUCGGCCACUUGUCGAAGUGUCCGGAGCCGCGCCAGUCCCAACAACGGGCUGCAGAGCGUGCUGAAGGAAAUCGAGCUGAUCCGUAGCUCCAGGGACGGGCAGAUCGAAGAGGCGUUCAGGUUCAACCAGGAGAUGGGGAGAGAGCUGAGCAGGUCACAGGACGCGCUACUGAAACUGGAGGAGUGCAACGGCCACCUGAAGAAAGAGCAGCUGCAGACGAGGAAGCGAGUGGAAGAAGCGCGCCAGGCUUUGCUGGAUAGUCUGGAGAAAGUGAAAGAACUGGAAACUAGUGCCAAACAAAUCCCUCUCUUACAGAGAAACAUUGUGCAACUGGAAUCCGAACUGCAGUACUACAGGUCAGAGGUCAUGAAGUUUCAAUUCCUUCAAGCAAAUCCGUCAGAGGCGAGGUCUCCUCAUGCAUUAUACGAAUGGAAGGGGUGUUUACCUGUGCAUCAGGAACGCAGAUCACUGACAGGCGAUACAGAAGCUUCAGCUUAUAAUGUUGAAGAGCAGCUGUUUCGCUCGGUAGAAGGACAAGCUGCCUCAGACGAGGAGGAUGAGAAGUGGACUGAAGAUCAGAAGACCCAGGUGAAAGAAUUGAAGAAACUUUUGAACCGUCUCUGUUGCUGUGGAAAUGGCUGUGAUGAUAAAACUGUAAGGAAGCUACUGUCAGAGUUUGGGAACAUACAGUGCGACGAGAGCAACAAUGCGAUUUGGGAACUAGUUGAGAAAGUGGCAAAAUUAAAGGAGCAACUGGAGUUAAAGGAAUAUGAAACCCAACAAAUGGAGACCGACAUUGAUCAGUUGAAGGGGUCAUUGCUGUGUGAACUGCAGCGCAAAGUGGAUGAGACCGAACUGCUGCAGAUGGAGCUGCAGAUGCUGGAGACCGAGAGAGUACGUCUGUCACUGAUAGAAGAAAAACUGAUGGAUGUACUGCAGCUCCUGCAGCAGUUACGUGACCUUAAAAAAGAUAGGAGUUUCAGCCUAUGUAGAAAUGAAUACGCCACAGGGUUAUUAAAAGUGACUUGGAAGAAUGUGUCUAGGAGAUCGCUAGGAAAAAUCUUGCUCAGCACUUUAGAGUCCUGCAAUAACCCUCAGCAUGGAAAGGCUCACAUUUUGGAGGUACUGAAUGCCUUGUAUCAUGAACUUGCUGCUUGUGAGCUUCUAUCUGACAAGUCUUUGGAAAAGGCUCCAAGUCACCAGUCGCUGGUAAAUCCGCUGCUUAUCUCGUGUUGAGAAUCCGGAAACUGGCUUUGCUGAUUUGUACAUCGCGCACUUCAAAUGUUUCCUAUAAAUCUACAACUCCUGUACUCUGACCGAAUUUGUAUAAUUGACUAAUGCACCUUACGUAACACAAUGUUAAACUUGGCAGCUAGAUCAACUUGAUGGAGACUUGGCUGUGUAGUCUGGUUCUUGUUUGUUAAUCUUUACGAUUUGAGGAAGAGAAUAUUAGCGAAUUGCCCAAUAAAGGGUGGGUUAACAAAUGUAUUUAGUUUCAAAUGAACUAGUUGUCUCUUCUAAUAGUAUUAAACAAACAGCCAAAAUAUUAGAUUAUCAAUAAAAGGUGAGAGCAAUCUAACGAAAACAUAUAACAUUGGCUCAAAACAUAUAUCAUUUGGGAACCAUAAAUAUGAAAUAUGUAUUUUGUGGACAAGACCAUUUAAAAAAUGACAGAUUUACCUCCUACAGAGUACCACUGAGGUCACGAUAAAACUUCUGGGUCAGGCUUCAUAACAUAAAUAGCUGAAGUGAAGAAUACAGAACAGCAAAAAUGGGAAAUUAGACAGUGUAUCUAUGAUCCAGACAUAAAGGAAAAUACCAGUGAAAACUGAGGGGAGAAUUUUGUUUAACUGUCAAUGCUGUUACCACAAUGGAUAUUAUUGCAGCAUUGUAUAUACAUAUUUAUUCUAGUGCCAUAUUAUACACAGGAUAUACCUGAUACAUGUAGAGUUCAGCUCUAAAAUAGCAGUAUUGAAACUCAUGCCCAUGAGCAGCCAGGUGAAACAUUUUGAUUUGUAUGCUGAACUCAAAUCUAUGGAGACAAUUGUAAUUGAACCAGAUAUUUCCAUUGGUCAUGGAAGUCAAACGAGAGUUAAGUUAAUUGGCAUCGCAUCAGUAAAAUGUGGUCUUUGGAACUGAAGUCGGUCAACAAGCCUGUACUGAUGCCCCCUGACACGUUGCUCUGGGAAUCCAUUUAAAAAAAACACAAAGGGAGGCGAGGCGUGUGACUGAUGCUAUGAAUAACCCAACAGCAAAACAAGGUCACAGUCUCCCGCUCCAAACAGUCAAGUUAAUGGGCAAGUUGCCCACACAGUAUUAAUUUGGCAACAAGCUGUAACUAUAGUUGUAUUCAAAUUCCACUUAGUCGCAUCUAAAGCUUGUGGGUGCAUGGCUCAAGUUGUGGUUGAAAUCCCUAGGCUGGCCAGUGAAUGAUGCAUAAUACUGCUUAAUAAGAUGUGUUCAGACAGCCAUAAACUGCAUCACUUAUAAAGGAAAUUAACUAGCAAUUCAGCUGGCCUGAACUUGAGCCAGUCUGCUUCACUGUAUUCCCUCAGAAGUUUUGUGUAGAGGUCUGUAAUGAAGAUUGUUCAAGUGCAAAGGAAAUGCUCUGUGGAGAAAUCGAAAGUCCUGGAAUGAAAGCAGAAGCAAGGCUUAGGAAUGUUGAAGCUAGUUGACAGCAUGUGCAAAGUGACAGAUAUUCUGUACAUAUUUCCAACAUCAAAAUGCAUUUCCAAAAUAAAGUCUGUUGCAUAUUUUUACUUUGGAGAAGGCUGCUGCACAAUUGACCAUGUACUUUACGAGUGUCAAACAGUCUUCUGCUACUUAACUUUGCUACCUGUGUGGCUUACAUUAUAAAAAUAAAAGCAAACUCUUUUUCUCUGCUAUGUUAGAUUAUUUGCUCUAUUAAUCAAUGGCUGCUGGAGGAGAUCGUUAGCCAUAACGACCCUGCACAAAAACACAUGUCAUAAGGGAUAGGAGCAGAAUUUGGCCAUUCGGUCCAUCAAGUCUACUCCAUCAUUCAACCAUUGCUGAUCUGUCUCUCCCUCCUAAACCCAAUCUCGUGCCUUCUCCCCAUAACCCUUGACACAGAGGAUUAAUGCCAUUCCACACGAUAGAUUUGCUGGAUCACACUUCUAUUCACAUAAGCCUAGGUAGGAUCAGCCUGAUCCUACAGAGCAGGUUCAAGGGACCAAGACUAGCUUCAGUUUUGAAUGUUCACUGUUGUUACUAAAUCAAUGUAAUUUUGCAUGGAUUCAAUUCAGGGAAUGUUAUCAAAGAUACUACAGCCAACUUAUGUGUCUGCUCCCAAUGUAUUCAUUAUUCAGACUUCAACAUUGUAUCAAUGGUAUUAAAUGGAACAAACAUUAAAAUAAAAUAGCAGCUUUUCCAUA